GCCUAAUAACUUAGUAAGCCGAUUGAUUGAUCAGGUUUUUCUUUACGUGUCACGAAUUUGUUUCUACGUUCAAAGUUUUCAAAAUUGGGUGAAUUAGGGAAAGUAGAUUUUCAGGUUACAGUUGUAGUCCAGGUCUGAGAUGCGAUAUAUGUGGUCUUUCUUAAGUUGAAUGUUUUCGACUGCAGGGGACCAGUGUGUGUUACACAACCGUUCACUGAAGUCAUUCUGAAAAUAGUAGACAUUAGAGAGACGAUUCGCGCAGUUUAUCUUUAUAGAAUAAGGUGAAUCAACCUGAAAGUACAAUUAUUCCUCUCCUUACCAGGCUUUAAGGGUUCUCCAGUAGUAACUGGCACAAGGUCAUUACUGCACAAUUUUUGAAUCAUCCUACUGGAAGGCUUUUGAAGCACUUCAGGCAGCAACAUGGGUUUCCUUGCUGGAAUUUUUAGAAACUAUGGCCUGUUUUGUGCUCAACACCCAUGGCAAGUGAUCUUCCUGGUUUUAACAUCCACAGUAGCCAUCAUCAGUAGCCAAGGAAUGCACACACUCAAUCGCGCGCGUGACUCGCUGGGCUCGCCACAACCUCUGGACAUAGUGCUAAUGACGACAGUGCGAGCUGUGGCUGUAUUAUACAGCUAUCACAGAUUACGUUCUUUACACCGAUCCCACUCUAGAUUUGUCUUGAGUUUGGCGGGACUUUUUACUGUCUUCUCCAGUUUUGUUUUCACUUGCAGCGUCGUCAACGUCAUGCAAAGUGACCUUUCUGACCUGAAGGACGCCCUCUUCUUUUUCCUUCUCCUAAUUGAUGUAGUCAAGGCUUGCACCCUUGCUUACUGGUCACUUAGUUGCUCGGUUCGUAAUGCAGCCGAAGUGUCGUUGUGCAUCUCUCAAGGCAUGGCUGUCCUUGGCCCUGCCAUUACGCUCGACACAUUGGUUGAAACUCUUGUCAUAGGUGUAGGAACCUUGUCAGGAGUUCGAAGGUUAGAAGUCCUAUGCGGCUAUGGAUGCAUGUCAGCCGUCGUCAACUAUGUAGUCUUCAUGACAUUUUAUCCAGCCUGUCUGGCCCUCGUGUUAGAGCUCUCAAACAAGCCAGAAGUGAUGGACAGCGACGCUACUGUGGAUUCUUGCAAGGUCGACCAGUCAACCGCUUUCCAAUGGCAACACCGUGUAAAACUUCUUAAACAAAUGAUGGCAAUGGAACAACCGAAUCCCUUAGUUCAGCGAGUCAAGCUUAUCAUGGCUGCUGGGUUAAUGGUUGUUCACGCUCACAGUCAGUGGGUAUUUUUACAAGAUGGAAAGAUUUUAAGCCCUGAAAAGGCAGGGGCUACCUUCGGCCCGGCCUCUGUUGCCGACGUGGCGGCGGAAGACUCGGUGCUUCGGUGGCUUUCCGACCAAAGGGCUGAUCAGCUGGUACUGUUGAUUCUUAUUGCAGCAUUAACUAUCAAGUUUACCUUUUUCGACGAUCGGACUCAUCAGACUCACCAUUUCCGAAAUCGCUGCGUAUCAUUCGUUUUGUCUGAUAACUCAGAAGAAUUGCCGUGUGAUGUCGAAGACAAAGAAGUUCAAACUGACCAAUGCGAUGAGGUGGAGCACGUAGAAGAGGAGCUUUCUUCUGCAAAACUCGUCAAUCGUACUCUGGACGAAAGCCUAACAACUUUGAAGCUUGCUGCUAGCCAAGUGACGGACCAAGAAGUACUGAAGCUUAUAGAAGCCCGAAAGAUUGAACUACGGCAGCUGGAAAAGGUGUUGGGAGACGCAGAGCGCGGCGUUCGCAUUCGUAGACGUGUUCUUUCACAGAUGGGUGGACCCCAUGUGGAAGAUGCUGUGGUACGGGUGCCCUAUAAGGCAUACGAUUACUCCAAAGUCGUAGGCGUGUGCUGCGAAAACGUCAUCGGGUAUGUACCGCUACCCGUCGGUUAUGCUGGCCCGUUAUUGGUGGAUGGAGAACCUUACUUUCUUCCAAUGGCCACCACUGAGGGCUGUUUGGUUGCCUCGACAAAUCGUGGAUGCAGUGCCCUUUCGUAUAACGGUGGAGUCCGAACUCAACUAAUCGCGGAUGGUAUGAGCCGUGGACCAGUAUUUCGGCUGCCUGAUAUUCGCAGAGCAGCGGCCGUGAUGCGCUGGCUCGAGGAACCGGCUAAUAUAGAUCUAUUGAAAAAGAGUUUCAAUGCAACUAGCCGAUUCGGCCGGUUGCAAAAAAUUCGUUGUCAAAUUGCUGGACGCCAUUUAUUCAUCCGCUUUGUAGCCAAGACGGGCGACGCAAUGGGGAUGAAUAUGGUGUCGAAAGGAACUGAAGCAGCCAUCAAAGUGUUACAAAGUUAUUUUAAUGACUUGGCUGUGGUCAGUCUAAGCGGUAACUUUUGCACGGACAAAAAGCCGGCUGCUGUUAAUUGGCUUGACGGCCGCGGAAAAUCCGUCGUCUGCGAAGCCAUUAUUCCUGCAUCGAUCGUUCGCGACAAACUCAAAACCAACGUUUCAGCGUUGGUGGAUUUAAAUAUAUCAAAGAAUCUUAUUGGAUCUUCCAUUGCUGGAUCCAUCGGUGGCUUCAAUGCACAUGCUGCGAAUAUCGUGUCUGCCAUUUUCAUUGCCACCGGUCAGGAUCCCGCACAGGUGGUCUCUAGUAGCAAUUGCAUGACGUUAAUGGAACCCUGGGGUUCGGAUAUGCAAGAUUUGUAUAUUUCCUGCACGAUGCCAUCACUAGAAGUUGGAACCAUAGGAGGCGGGACCUGGCUCCCUGCGCAGGGCGCCUGUCUUGAAAUGCUUGGUUUGCGAGGAUCGAACGUGGAAGAGCCUGGAGCCAACGCAAGUCGAUUAGCACGUAUUAUCUGUGCGGCCGUUUUGGCAGGCGAGCUCUCACUUAUGUCUUCUCUGGCGGCAGGCACUCUUGUGCAGUCUCACAUGACGCAUAAUCGAUCGUAUGCCAACCUAACGCCAUGUUUCUCUUCGUAGUUAUUCCUUGUUGCCAUUACUUUAGCGUACGGUGUUUUGUGGAUUGAGAAGAAAGAUAAAUUAUCUUUCGAAUGAAAUUGAUUAAUUGACGUGCUCUUUGUAAACAUUUGAAAAGAACAAGAAUGGAAUUUUGAUGUAUCCACUGCCCGUUGACACCGUUGUAGAAUUUGACAAACUGUGCAGUAUCUUAUGAUAUAUAUUAUUGAGUGGUUAGAGGUUAUAUAUAUAAUAUAGUGUUGCGAUCACGUCAGUGGAGUUUCUUUUUAAUCCUUGGUAAAGGUGAACUCAAAAAUGGAAUUUUGUUAAAUAAAUAAUAAAUGUUUGGA